CAAUGAAUCAGCAUCUUAAUCACAAAGAUCAUUGGUUUAGACUAGGCACAUUUCUGAUGCAGGAACGGAAACUGGUUGGGUAAAGCUUGUUCUUUACAAUGCUUUCUUAACACCAGCCAAACCUGCCUGUAUGUUUGUAACUGGGUUCCAGCUUUUUGUGUGUGAAAAAGCCCUGAUGAUGUGCUGAGCUCUGGAUUUAAGAAAGGAGAAGCCUGCAAUAUACCUCUCAAACAAUGACCCAGGUCACUCAAAUGGGCUGGCAAGUGAUCCUCAUUUUCAGCUGGGUUUCUCUUUGCUUCCCCCUUCCAUUUCAAAAUGACAGAAACUCCCUAAUAGAAGAGGAAAAUGCCCGCCGUAUGGGUGGCAACCUUGUGCUGGGAAAAACAGAAGUGGAGGCCAACAAAAAGCUGAUGCAACUCAAGAAAAUGGAAGUGGCUAAAGCUAUGCAGACAGGGCUGUUUCCACCCAGCAUUCAUUUCUUCAAAGCUAAGCCCCUCAUUGAUCAAAGUACUGUGUUCAGCAUCUUAAAAAAGAUGCCAAAAGGUGGUGCUUUACAUCUGCAUGACUAUGCUAUCCUGAGUGUCACCUGGCUAGUGUACAAUGCCAGCUAUCUGCCUGAUUGUUACAUUUCUUUCUGCUCUUUGUGGACUGUCCAGUUCAAGUUCUCCAGUCCUCUUCCUCCCAUGGAGGCGCCACCAGGUUGCACAGAGUGGGUGCUACUAAAGACCUAUCGCAAGAAUCUGAAUAAUGUGACUCAGUUUGAUAAUAGCUUGUUGAGAAACCUAACACUAGUAACAGACUCCCCAGAGGUGAUGUAUCCUUCUCAGGCUUCCAUUUGGGAAAAAUUUGAAAGCAUCUUCAUUGCUGCUGGUGGUCUUAUCAGCUAUGCACCUGUAUUCAAGGCCUAUUUUUAUCAAGCACUCCUGGAGUUCUAUGAAGACAAUGUACAGUAUAUUGAAAUAAGAGCUUUAUUGCUACCGGUAUAUGAAUUGGAUGGAAGCACACAUGACAAAUUUUGGUCUGUGGCAGCUUAUGAAGAAGUGACCAAGCAGUUUGUAAAGGACCAUCCUGAUUUUGUGGGUGCAAAGAUUAUAUACUCAACGCACAGAAAACAGAACGUCCAUCAGAUUAAAAAAGCUGUCUCUACAGCCAUUGCACUGAGAACUAAGUUCCCAAAAACUGUGGCAGGAUUUGAUUUGGUUGGCUGGGAAGAUGGAGGACACUCUCUCUUGGAGUUGAAGGAUGCCUUGACUUUUCCACAGGUUUUAAAAGAAAAAUUGCCAUACUUUUUUCAUGCUGGUGAGACAGACUGGGCGGGCACCUCUGUGGAUAAAAAUGUAUUGGAUGCUCUGCUUCUGAACACCAGCCGGAUUGGCCAUGGUUUUGCCCUUGCGAAACAUCUGGCAGCUAGGAAUUUGGCUUUGAAGAUGGAUACGCCUAUAGAAGUAUGCCCUAUUUCUAACCAGGUAUUGAUGCUAGUAUCCGAUCUGAGGAAUCAUCCUGCUGCAAUCCUAAUGUCAGAGGGUCAACGUAUUGUGGUUGCUUCUGAUGAUCCGUCAAUCUUUGGUGUAAAGGGGGUGUCAUAUGACUUCUAUGAGAUGUUUAUGGGGGUUGGAGGGAUGGAUGCGGAUCUGAGGACUUUGAAACAAUUGGCACUAAACUCUCUAAAUUACAGCACUUUGCUACCUAAGGAGAGAGAUGAAGCUCUGAAGAUCUGGCAAAAAAAGUGGGACCGGUUUGUAGCUGAGGUCUCUGGUGUUAUUCCAAAAGUAGCGCAAGACAUUGUGGAACCAGUUGAUAACUCUUGUUAUUAAGAAGCAAGAGACUACAACAAGCUAAGGUACAACAGCAAUCUUUCAACCUGAUACCUUGAUCAUAAGAUUGCUAAAAGCAAGAGACUCCUAGACAUCUUCUCCAACCCAUUCCUAACCAGGCUCCUUGGUAUACAGAGACCCUUGGGAAACUGAAAUGGGAAGGAUGACAACUAGAGCACAGGUGGCAAAACCCCCCGAUUUCUAUGUGACAAGACAUGAUAUAGAGGACAUCUUUGUUCCUAUAAGGUGGCAAUAUUUGCAAGAAGAAAGUUUUCUUCUCUGCACAUAUAGCGUCUACGGAUUCACAUCCGACUAAGAUGUUCAGUGUGUUGAGAGAUUUAAGUUAGGAGCCUUCCGCUCUAAACUUGCCUCUACAGCCUUCAGUUGCUCACUGUGAUGCCUUUUCAUAACCAUUUUGUAGUUAAAAUCUCAGCAAAACAGCAAACUUAGAUGCUGUCAUUGGAGCGUUUUUAUCUUUAUUCUUUGUUUUUUAAGAUAUGUUUUUUUAUGAUCCUUUGUUUUAUCCAUGUAUUUUAACAAUGUUACACCCCACCUCGAGCCAUGAAGAGAGGCGGAUAACAAAUAACAUUUAUUAUUGUUGUUAUUUUACUGUCCCUUGUCCAUUUUGGUUCCUCAACGAAGAACUCUUAAUUAUGCUGCAAAUUCUCAGAAUGAUUGAGGUCAAAAUACACUCCUUAAAGGUGGAAUUAGGCAUGCUUGAACUCCAUCAAUUGUUGGAGUCUUCCUAGGCCCCUUCUACACUGCUGCAUAACCCUGGUUAUCAAAGCAGAACUCCACAUUAUCUGCUUUGAACUGGAUUAUCUGAGUCUACAUUGCCAUAUAAUCCAGUUUAUCAUGACAAAAGCGAACAUACUUCAAGUCGCUUCUGGUGUGCGAGAAUUGGCUGCUGUCCAGGGGAUGCCUAGGAGGCUUCUCUCAUGUCGUAAGAUAGGGCUGACAGACAGGAGCUCACCCUGUCUCGCGAAUUUGAAUCCAGUUCAAAGCAGGUAAUCUAGAUUUUAUAUGGCAGUGUAGAAAGGGUCCCUAAACACUUCUUGUCACCUAUGGAUCAUAGUGCAAACUAGACAUUGGCCUCAAUUACUAAUGGCAUGUGAUUGUACUUUAUGUGCCAUAGCAGUUGGGGGAAAAGCCAGAAAUCCCUCUCUCAGGUUGGAAUGGUAUUACGUACUCAGGUUUGUAGUGCUGAUUACUAGUUAUCAAUGUUUUAAGAGACAUCAUGUAUGUAGUCUGUAAUCCUUUGCCAUGUGAAUUUUAAAAUUAUUAUUUCUUUAAAAAAUCAAGAAUAUUGCAAUUAUCAGAAAAAUCAAUAAAUUAGCAAUAUUUGAAGCUUGAAAUUAGCUUCAUUUAGAAUUGACUUUAAACUUCCAACAACAAAAAGUUACACAAAUUGGUUUUCAACUGUUUCAAACUUAAAACCAUACCAGCAGAGAGAUAUAUACUAAAUCAAUAAAUACAGCCACUUGGAGGACAGUGUUGUGUCGUACACCCUGUUUGGAUAUGAAAAUCUUUAGGGCAGCUUCUUCUCUGUGCCAUCAGAGGUCCAAACCAUUGCAGUGGCACAAUGGGGUAAACCCUUGUAUCAGCUGAACUGCUGACCUGAAGGUCAGCGGUUCAAAUCCCCAAGAAGGGAUGAGCUCCCGUCUGUCAGCCCCAGCUUCCCAUGUGGGGACAUGAGAGAAGCCUCCCAUAGGAUGGUAACACAUUGCGGCAUAUGUUCUCAAUUUGCCUCUGACACAAUAAAAAAAAUCAGAGGUCCAACAGCAACAUUAGGAACAGAAAUGCAAAAGGCAGUUUUGUUGGCUUGUAUUUUUUCUGUUUUUUUAAAAUAUUGUUUGUAAUCUAAUAAAGAUUGUUACUUGCUUUUGGUAUUUGUUUUUGAGAUAUCACUAGAACAUCAUGACAAAAAUAAAUAAAUAACAAUUACAAGCAUUAUUAGCAUGCUAGCUCUAAUAUAGUUUCAGAGAAUAUCCUGAUUGGCUGAAAUGUAAACCAUGUUUGAGUCUAGAAAUUAAAUGCUUACUCCAAAUAAAUUUUCUUAAAUUUC